AUGACUGUGGCCGGCAGUAACUCCAGCUCGAGAUCACGGUCCUUCUUCCUGAUUGGCAUCCCUGGGAUAGAAGACAUUCUGUGUUGGGUGGUGGUGCCCUUUUGCAUCAGGUACAUCCUGGCACUGCUGGGCAACAGCAUCAUCCUCUUCAUCAUCAAAAUUGACCCAACCCUGCACCAGCCCAUUUACCUGUUCCUGAACAUGCUGGCCGUCAUCAACUUUGUUCUGCCCACCUCCACCAUGCCCAAGGUGCUUGCCAUCUUCUGGACCCACACCCAGGAGAUGGAGUACCAUGCUUGCCUCAUCCAGAUGCUCUUCAUUCAUGCCUUCUCCUCCAUGGAGUCCAGAAUACUGGUGGCCCUGGCGCUGGACCACUUCAUGGCCAUUUGCCACCCCUUAUGGCAUACUGCCAUCCUGAACACGAUGGUGAUUGGGUGGAUUAGACUGGUGGUUUUGGGGCAGAGCCUGGUCCUCAUCACACCCUUCCCCAUCCUCCUGCAGCAGCUCUCCUUCUGCCAGGGCACCGUCGUCACUCAUUCCUACUGUGAGCACAUGGCCUUGGUCAAGCCGUCCUACUCUGACUCCACUGUGAACCGCUUCUAUGGGCUGAUGGUGGCCCUGCUGGUGGUGGGGCUGGACGUGCUGGCCAUCGUGGCUUCCUACAUCCUCAUCUUCCAGGUCAUCUUCCGCAUCCCCUCCCAGGAUGCCUGGCUCAAGGCGAUGGGGACCUGCGGCUCCCACAUCUGCAUCAUCCUCACCCACUGCUUUGGCCACAACAUCCCCCACCACAUCCAUGUCCUGCUGGCCACCCUCUACCUCCUGGUUCCACCCUCACUCAACCCCAUCAUCUACGGGAUCAAGACCAAGCAGAUCCACCAGACGUUGGCCAGAACCUUCUCUGUCCAAAGGUAG